UCUUUUUUAUUAUUAACAUUUUAUACAUUUGACACUAUAUUCUUUGUGUUUUGAGGAUUUUAGCUGAGCAGAUAUUCACGUUGAUGCCGGUUAAUGACUCUAACGUCACAGCGAUGAUAAACGGAAGUAUUGAUUUUCCUUUCCUUGUUCAUAUUUAGACAUGUCCAUUGACACGUGCGUGUGUGUGUGUGUGUGUUGUGAUUAAAAAGCCUCAUUAGCAGAGCUGCCACACUGACAGCUCAGUCGACCAAUGAUUGACUGGAUUAUACCUCUCGUCCAAUGGCAGCCGCUCUGAGAGGAUGCUCAAAUCUGAUUGGACCAGAGUCAUUGACGCCUCCCUCUGGUCAAGGUUGCACUUGUAGACUGGUGAUCUUCGCAGUACGGGACGAGACUGGAGCCGCAGCAGGUUUUACUGACAGCACCACGAGCAGCAGCAGCAUCAGCAGCAGCAGCAUCAGACUAAUCAGCUGAGGAUCAGCUGUCACUCUGAUUGUCUCCACAGAGGAAUCUCUCCGCUCCAGAGAAAACCAUGGAUGAGAUGGAGGAAGAGUUAAAAUGCCCAGUUUGCGGCUCGUUUUUCCGGGAGCCCAUCAUUCUGCCGUGCUCCCACAACAUUUGUUUGGCUUGUGCUCGGAACAUCCUGGUGCAAACCCCCGACGCCGAGUCUCCACAGAGCAGCAGAGCCUCCGGCUCCGGCGUCUCCGACUAUGACUACCUGGAUUUGGAUAAAAUGAGCCUGUACAGUGAGGCGGACAGUGGGUACGGGUCCUACGGGGGGUUUGUGAGCACCCCGACCACCCCCUGCCAGAAAUCACCGAACGGGGUGCGGGUGUUCCCCCCGACCGUACCACAGCCUCCUGCGCAGCAGCACCUCCUCCCUCAGCCCAGCUCUCUGCCACUGAUCCCGCGCAACUCCUGCAUCACAUGCCCUCAGUGUCACCGCAGCCUCAUCCUGGACGACCGGGGUCUCCGCGGAUUCCCCAAGAACCGGGUGCUGGAGGGGGUGGUGGACCGGUACCAGCAGAGCAAAGCGGCGGCGCUCAAGUGUCAGCUGUGUGAGAAGAGUCCCAAAGAGGCCACGGUGAUGUGCGAGCAGUGCGACGUCUUCUACUGCGACCCCUGCCGCCUGCGGUGCCAUCCUCCCCGCGGACCGCUGGCCAAACACCGCCUGGUGCCGCCAGCUCAGGGGCGCAUUAGCAGACGCGCGAGUCCCCGCAAAAUCUCCACCUGCACGGAGCACGAACUGGAGAACCUGAGCAUGUACUGUGUGCAGUGUAAGAACCCGGUGUGUUAUCAGUGUCUGGAGGAAGGAAAACACGGGACACACGAGGUGAAAGCCCUUGGAGCCAUGUGGAAACUGCACAAGGGACAGUUAUCGCAGGCUCUUAACGGACUCUCAGACCGAGCCACCGAGGCCAAGGAGUUCCUGGUCCAGCUGAGGAACAUGGUGCAGCACAUCCAGGAGAACGGCGUAGAGUUCGAGGCCUGCCUGGUGGCUCAGUGCGACGCCCUCAUCGACGCCCUGAACCGGCGUAAGACCCAGCUGCUAACACAAGUCAACAAGGAGCACGAGCACAAGCUCAAGGUGGUCCGGGAUCAGAUCUCCCACUGCACGGUGAAGCUGCGUCAGACCACCGGGCUGAUGGAGUACUGUCUGGAGGUCAUCAAGGAGAACGACCCCAGUGGUUUCCUACAGAUCUCUGACGCUUUGAUCCGGAGGGUUCACAUGACGGAGGGUCAGUGGGGAAAGGGAACGCUGACCCCCAGGAUGACCAGCGACUUUGACCUGACCCUGGACAGCGGGCCUCUCCUGCAGACCAUCCACCAGCUGGACUUUGUCCAGAUGAAAGUCCCAGCUGCUCCGAUGCUCCAGCUCGAGGAAUGCUGCACUCAGAACAACAGUGCCACAUUGUCAUGGAAACAGCCACCUCUCUCCACCAUUGGCGUGGACGGAUACAUUCUGGAGCUGGAUGAUGGAAACGGAGGGCCGUUCAGGGAAGUGUACGUGGGGACGGAGACCAUCUGCACUGUGGACGGGCUUCAUUUCAACAGCACCUACAAGUCCAGAGUCAAGGCCUUCAAUUCAAGCGGUGUGGGCCAGUACAGCAAGACGCUGAUCAUGCAGACGUCUGAAACUGGACUCCCUCCAUGUGAUAUACAGUCUAUAGCCUCAGUUGCCUGGUUCACCUUCGACCCCGCCUCCGCUCACCCGGACAUCAUCUUCUCCAACGACAACCUGACGGUGACGUGCAGCAGCUACGACGACAGAGUUGUCAUGUGUAACUCCGCCUUCUCCCGUGGAGUCCACUACUGGGAGAUGACCGUCGACCGCUACGACAACCACCCAGACCCGGCGUUUGGGAUCGCGAGAGGGGACGUCCUGAAGGAUGUGAUGCUGGGGAAGGAUGACAAGGCCUGGGCCAUGUAUGUGGACAACAACAGGUCCUGGUUCAUGCACAACAACUCCCACACCAACAGAAAGCCAAAUCACAUCAGAUACAGGACGGACGGUGGCGUCAGUAAGGGGGCCACCAUAGGAGUUCUGCUGGACUUCACACGCAGGAUCCUCAUCUUCCUCAUCAAUGAUGAGCAGCAGGGUCCAGUGGCCUUCGAAGGGUUGGAAGGAAGUUAUUACCCUGCGAUCAGCCUCAACAGAAAUGUCCAGGUUACACUACAUACUGGACUCCCCAUCCCUGAUUUCUACACCCCCGGAGAGGGAGAUCCCAACGGCUCCGUGUGCUAAAGGUUCACUGUCACCGAGUCCGAAGUCUGAUGAGAUCUCUCCAAGCUUUAUCCCGCAAGUCAAAAACUAUAAUCCCACCUUUAAUCCUGCUUUUCUUUCCUGACCAACAUUUCCCUGUCCAGCACUGAGCCAUGCCUUUAGCACGCUGAAACCUCGGACACAUGAGCCAUCUGUGCUGAAAAGGACAUCACUACUCGUACCAUGAUAGAUAUAGUUGAUGGAAGUGGUGCUGACUGAUCUGGAAUGUUGUUGUACAUUUAUCAUAUUAUCCGUUAGAAGUGGUCUGUCAUAUUCUAUGGAAGGAAAUGUUUACAGAUGUUUGUUGUUAAAGCAGGAACUAGGACAGGAUGGCGUCACUGUCAUAGCAGCACGUUAGCAUAUGGCUACAAUCGGUUAAAGCUGCUGUGCACAGCGUAGGUGUUUGUUUUUGGUUUGUUAAGGAUCUUUUUCUGCCUCAGCGACGUGGUGUGUAUUUGUUGUCCUGCAUUUGAUAACACACAUGAGUAAAGUAAAGUCAAGUAGUCU